AUGACUGUCGCCACGGAGAAACAUAACAGAAACCACAAUCAUCAUCACACCGGCAAUGGAAAUCACCGCAAUCCAAAGAGAAAAGAGUCGUGGGAUUCAAAGAAUGGCAAAAUCAAGAGUGAUCUGUUGGGAAGCUACAGCAAUGGAAAGUACUCAUAUAGAGGACGUCGCUCGGAGUCCGUCAUGUCCACAGAUUCAGACAUUCGAUUCACCAGACGAAAACUGGGGGAGAAUGAGAGAUGUGGCUGUGCUCUGAUUGCUGGCUUCCUGGCCACACUCCUUCUGGCUGGCGCCAUUGUCUACAUUGGAUAUACAUAUCUCCGUCCUGAUCCGCUACCUGAUAGGGUGUUUAGGGCAAGAUUUAGGGUAAUCAGAGGUGAUUCGUGGGAGCCUGAGUUAGCGGAUCAGAACUCCUUGCGGUUUCAGCAUCACGCUCGCGAUUACAGAGAAAGGAUAAACUUAGUCCUGCGCCGAUCUGAUCUCCGAGAGACGUACGAAGGCUGCGAAAUACUCGCUCUGGAUGGGAAUGAUGAUCGGGAUGAUCUCACAGUCCACUUCAUCCUACACUUUGAUCCCUAUCGAGGAUUAGUCUCCGCGGCGGAUCUUCAUGCGAUAUUCACGGAGGAAUUUGAGGCGCUAAAGCCGCGAUAUUUUAGCAAUUUAACUAUUGAUCCCAGCUCAUUGGACUUUCAAGAGAUGGUCGGGAGUUUUGAUGACAUCUCAGGGACUUCCUCGUCGCCGCUGGGUGGGAAGGAUGAUGUGCAGAAUACUACAGUUACAGUCAAACCGCCUCCGAGACGUUGUGAACCCGUUCGGUUGCGAUAUUGUCGGAAUAUUGGAUACAAUUUGACGACGUAUCCAAACUUUUUGGGACAUUCAUCGUUUGAGGAAGUGGAACAGAAUGUGAUCGCCUUCCGGGAACUGGUGGAUGCUGAGUGCUUCAGGCAAGCCUUUGACUUUGUCUGCCGACUACUCCAGCCGCCAUGCGAGCAGAGAGAACCUUUUGAGGCACAGGCCGGACAGGUGUGUCGAAGUUACUGCCAAGAGUUCCUGAAUGGAUGUGGAAAUCGAUUGCCGAAGAAGCUCAAGAAGUUCUUUAAUUGUGAGAGAUUCCCAGAGUCCACGGGUAGUCAAACGUGUCGCAAUCGACCGGAGUGUAUGGCAGAUCUACAGUCACAUGCUUUGUCUUCGAGACUCUGCGAUGGAAUAGCAGAUUGUCCGGAUCUCAGUGAUGAGACAACGUGUUCGUUUUGCCCAGAAAAUUCCCUGUACUGUGGCAGAGGGAGAGCUUGUAUCUCACGGAGAUCACGAUGCGAUGGAAAGGCAGAUUGUCCUGAUGGUAGUGACGAAAUGGAUUGCUUGUCAAUUGCUCCAUUGGUGUCUUUUGUAUCCAAUCCACCUCCAUUGACACCUCAUCGGAAUAAGUUUUACCAUGAAGGUUUUGCCAUUUUCUCAGAGAAGGGCGUCACGGGGAAAUUAUGUGCAGAAGGAUUAGAUUCUGAGAAGGAUACAUCGGUUAGGAACACGGUGGCGGAGUCUCUGUGCAAGGCGCUUGGCUAUCAGAGGCUCUUGCAUGCGGAAAUGCGGAAUGACAAUGAGCCCAACAUCACUUAUGUCAGAGUAUUCAAUCCUAGAGCUCCUGAGAUAUCUUUCGUGAGGACAAAUUGCCGGAAGAGACUAGCGCUGUACGUGAAAUGCGAUAAUCUCGAGUGUGGUGUGCAGUCGCUGUUCUCUGGAGGUCGCACAAUGACACUGCCAAAGAUGAGUGCUCCUGGAGAUUGGCCUUGGCAUGUGACACUCUACAGAAGUGAUAUUCAUGUAUGUGAUGGGACGCUCGUAAGCGAGGAGUGGGUCCUCACGACUGAAGGAUGCUUUCAGGGUCAGCCGAAAGCCACGUGGAUGGCAAUCUUCGGAUCAGUGAGAUUGUCUUCGUCGCCACCGUGGAUGCAGCGGCGGAGAAUUAUUGGCAUGGUGAAAUCCCCCGUGGAGGGAUCAACAGCUGCCCUUGUACGACUAGAGACUCCAGUGCAAUAUUCUGACUUUGUCCGACCCAUUUGCCUUCCAGAUGAAGUGCAAAAGAAUCGCCCACUCGUGAUGGGGAGGUCAAGAAAUCGUCCCCAAGCUGAGAAGCUGGAGAACAAUCUCGAGAAUCUCUUGUCAUCGUCACAGCGAAAGAUCAAAGUCAAUAAGGAUUACUUUAGCAGUCCGGCAAAUGACGCAACUGGAGAUGAGUACACCUUUCCGCGGGCACUGCACGAGGAGUUUGACGAUGACAUGCCCAAGGCGGAAUCUCUAAACAGUCCUUCUAUCAGCAAAAACUACCCUCUUCCCGACAAUUCACCACAGACGCAAGAGUAUGAGGAGCGAUCUGCGGCCUUCAAGGACUCACAGUACUCUUCUCUCACGAAUCCCUCCAUCGCAAUGGUUCACUAUGCCAAUGUGGCGGCCGCGGAGGUGGCCAGUGCCAGAAUGCCGCCACAUCAGUGGACCAACUGCAACACUCUGGGAUGGGCGAGACAGAGAGAUCAUCUGCAGAGGGUUCAACUAAAAAUUGGCGAUAUGGAGGCGUGUGAAAAUGUCUCAAUUGCCACAGUCAAUAGCAUGUGCACCGAAACGGCUUAUCAUAAGCAAGAUUGCAUGGAGGAGGAAUUUGCCGGAAGUCCCGUGUUGUGCCUACUUCCUGACAACAAGCGAUGGGCUUUGGUCGGGAUGGCGUCCUGGAGGAUCGCGUGCGCCGUGAGUGGAACAGAGCGACCGCGAAUGUACGAUAAGAUCUCUUCAAAUUCCGCCUGGAUUCGCGAUAUAAUCAGUGCAACGUGAAGAAGCGUCUGGCAUUUUUCAUAGGACAAAAGAACUCUUAAAUGAUAUGAUAAAUUGAUACCUAUUUAAUUAUUGUAAGCCUUUUGUAAAUAUAUGUCAAACUUUAUCACACACAGACGACUGAUCAAUAAUUCACUGCGACACAAUUUCCCUAGGGAUUUUUACGAAUUUUUCAGAUAAAAAGUGAGUUGUGGCUCAGUUUUUCCCAAAGCGUCG